UGUGCUGCUACAGGCUCCAGCUCAUUUGAAGAAGUCGAGAGCAGAGGGCAAAGGAAUGCGCAGUACAGCACUCGAUGUCCAAACAAACUUUCACCACAAGCAACAGCAUGGCCUUGGAGCAGCCACGCGGGGCCUUGGGAAAGGUCUCCACUGUUUUUGCAACCAAACUGAAGUCAUUCACCUUCCUGCCCAUUCUGAAAAAGCUGCCUGCGGAGAGAAGGGUAAUAUCAGCGUGGGAAAAGGGGUCAGUUAGACCACAGGCUUCAGGAGACGCUGAGGCAUCUGAAGGGAGCAUGACAGACCAAGCUGUUUACAAGGCCGAGAUUGUAUAUGUUACAGACUCGGAAGACACAGAGCCCCAAGAGACGAGCAAGGACCCUCAAAUUCAGCUCAAAUCUACUGAUAAUUCAGCUCUUACCCCAUCCCCUAUCCCUGCCAUGGCUCAGGUUGAAAUAAGGUGCCCAAGCCCAAGGCUUAUCGCUGUGGAGCCAACUGAUAACAAACAGUCCGACAUCUCUCGGCUAGGCUGUCACAACACUUUUGAGGGUGCCGAGGUCAGCUCCGGCCAGUUUUUAAACAGUGAGCCCCAGAGAGAGGAGGAGGUCCUGAGCCAAGCCAGCUCUGUAGACCUUUUCCCAUCUAUUGCCUCGUCUAAGGAGUCCAUCCUCUCUGAGGGCUGGGAUCAGGACAGGAGCUGGUCCGCCCUCCAAAUGUUAUCUCCCUAUGAUUCCCCUGUCCCCUUCAGUGGGACUGUCUCACCAUGCUCCUCUGUAAGAUCAGGAGCCUUCACUCCAUCCGUGCUGAGAAUCAAGCGCCACACGCUUGCCCCGGGUUCCAGCCUGGCACAGAUGCCGGGCUCCUCUGGGCAGACAGUCUGUUGUGACAGGCAAGCCCCCUCACCAUGUCCACUGUCUUCCCGUGUCCGCCACAGGCCCCCACCCACCCAUUUGUCCUUGCUAACGGCCAUCCUGAGGAAGGGUCGGCUUCCAAUCCUUUCCCCUGCCUUACAGAGACCCUACUCUCCUUGCUGGCCCAUUAGUCCCACCAGCAUGUCCUCCUGCAAGGCCUGUUCGGCAGCCUCUACCAUAGCCCCCAUGGAGUCUACAAAGGACUGUGCUUCAAAAGGCAUGGCUUGUACAGAGCCCAGUCAUAAUGCAAGACCAAAGUCCCCAAGGAUAAUCUAUAACACUCCUUCCAUGUCAUUCAAGAAACAUAACAAGGUGAGCAUCUCUUCAGCACCGGACUCAAGAAGUUCUGCACUCAGUAGAGUUACUCCAUCACCCGAGGAUAGCAGCUCAAUGACCUUGCCAAGUUCCUCUCCUUCUGAACAUGCUCCGGGACACCUGUCAAAGCCAGUCUCUAAAGAGAUUCUUGCGCCCAGAGUCCCUAGCUCUUUGCUCUUUUCAUCUUUCUCCUCAUCAAGGUCCCUGUCUCCUAAAUCAAGCCAUCUGUCCUGCUGCAGAUCAGAGAGUCAGACACCCUCAUCAGAGUCAUGUGCUCACCCCGCAGCCCCAGCUGCAGAGCAUUUAAAAGGGUCAUAUAACAUUUUAGAUCCCCCCAGUCGAGGACAUGGACAGAAAUCAAAGGAACCCUCUCCCGUUCUGAAGAAAGCAGAACUGUCCUCAGAUUUCAAGCCCAGAUGGAUGCCACAUGAUCCCUCUCCCAUCCCUGAUCUCAAAUCUGCACAACAGUCCAUGCCACAUGAUCCCUCUCCCAUCCCUGACUUCAUAUCUGGACAACAGUCCAUGCCACGCGAUCCCUCUCCCAUCCCUGACCUCAAACCUGCUCAACAGUCCAAAGACAUCUUAGCCUCUGCAAUUCUGAAGCAAGCAGAAGACAACCCACGUUCCUACUUGCAAAACGGCAAAAAAGCAAUCCUUGAUCUAGAACGAGUCCUCUCAGCAUCCCCAGCCCUCAAACUGUCUCCUUCUCCCGGGCCAGUGGGCCUCACGCGCCUGGCCUGCACGCCUGAUAUCUCCGACGCCUCUCCCAGACCAAGCUUGCGCUCCCCAACACCAGACCACUACACCCUAUCUCCCUCUCCAGUGAUCCCCAGCCGCCAGCUCUCUCCAUCUCCCUCUUACUCACUCUGUUCCUCACCCUCCCCAUCCCUACGUGACGGUACACCAGACAGUACAGACAGGGGCGGCAAAAGCAGAAAGCCAUACAAGAUCAAGUCCACCUACAAGGCACUGGCUGCUAUUCCCACAAAUAUUCUCCUUCAGGAACAGCAGGCAAUUGAUGAUGAGGUUGAGAAGAAUGAGUCUCUGGACCCUGGUGACAACUUUGCAUGGGAGGACCCUCAUUCUGAGAUGUGCACUCCUGCCCAGCUCAGACAGCAGUCCGCAGAGCUGUACGCAGCGAUUGAUGAAGUAUUAGAGAACACAAACCCCACACAUCAAUCAAGCCCUGCUGACAAACCUGCUGUGAAGUCUGCUGCUUCAGAGGCACCAAGGAAAUUAACAUCAUCUCCAUCGCCAAGAUUAUUAGGACGAGAAACAAAAUAUGCUCACCAUCAAGUUCCUGGACCUUCAGAAAGAACACUGACAAAGCCUGGAGUUAUAAGACCCGCCACUGUCACGUCAAGACUGGAUGAUGUCAGAGGAGAAGAAAACUUACCAAAUCCCUUCCAGAGACACCAAGACAGUGUCUCAAAUCGCUACCAGUACAAGUUUGCCAGCAAUACAUCAUCCACUGUGGAUAAGGCAGACGGGAGAGCAGCUUCGGGACGAGAAUCAGCCCAGAGAGAGACGUUUCCCUCUGAGAAACCGAGACAUUCUGCAUCAAGCCCAGCAUUUUUGAUUGCUCCGACCAUGAACAGCGCUCCACCACUGAGAGAAGGCUCUCUGCAAGGUCUUCCCACCUCUUUAAAGCCCAUCCAGGUGAAAAUGGAAACCCCAGAGACUCACAUUUAAGUGUUCACACAGAGCGGGCGAGAGAGAAGAGGGGGGGCUGUGAAAGUAACAUUUAACAAGGUGACCUCUAACAUUCUGAAACUGAGUGCUGAAAUCUUCAGAGAUGUUGAGGGUGUGGAAGCAUGAGGCCGUUUCUGCUCCGCUUUGCGUUUAUCAUUAAGAUCUAUUCAGACAUGAAAAGAAAUUACUCAAAUACUCUUUAAUUUAUUCCUGCUGCAGCUAAGAUGAGUAUGUUUAUCUGGUCCCACUUUAUUUGGAUAACUACCUGUAGUUUAGAUGUUAGGCCUGUCAAACAAUUAAAACAAUUAAUCGCGAUUAAUCGCAUUGCUUUGUGUAGUUACUGUGAUUAUUCAUAAUUGGAUGUUAGUGUUGCCAAACAAGUAAAAUAAUUAAUCGCGAUUAAUCACAUUACUUUGUGUAGUUACUGUGAUUAUUCAUAAUUGGAUGUUAGUGUUGCCAAACAAGUAAAAUAAUUAAUCGCGAUUAAUCGCAUUACUUUGUGUAGUUACUGUGAUUAUUCAUAAUUGGAUGUUAGUGUUGCCAAACAAGUAAAAUAAUUAAUCAGGCACUGUCAAACAAUUAAAACACUUAAUCACGAUUCAUUGCAUUACUUUGUUUAGUUAUUAAUGAUUAAUCAUGACUAAAUGUCAGCUUUGUCAAACAUCAUGUGAUUAAUCAUCAUUAGAUGUCAAGGUUGUCAAACAAUAAAAAUAAACACAAUUAAUUGCAUUACUUUGUGUAGUUAUUUGUGAUGAAUCAUGAUUAAAUGUCAGGGUUGUCAAACAUUAAUAUAAUCAAUCAUAAUUAAUCACAUUACUUUGUAUAUGUAUUUGUGGUUAAUCAUGAUUAGGUGUCAGUGUUGUCAAACAGUUAAAAUAAUUAAUCAUGAUUAAUUGCACUACUUUGUUUAGUUAUUCAUGAUUAAUCAUGAUUAAAUAUCAGCAUUGUCAAACAGUUAAAAUAAUCAAUUGUAAUUAAUCGCAUUACUUUGCAUAGUUACUGUGAUUAUUCAUGAUUAGAUGUCAGCAUUGCCAAACAAGUACAAUAAUUAUUCAUGAUUAAUUGCAUUACUUUGUGUAGUUAUUCAUAAUUAAUCAUAAUUAGAUAACAGUUGUCAAACAAUUAAAAUAAUUAGUCACAAUUAAUCACAUUACAUUGUUUAGUUAUUUGUAAUUAAUAAAGAUAAGAUAUCAGCAUUAUCAAACAAUUAAAAAAAUUAAUUGCGAUUAAUCGCAUUACUUUGUGUAGUUAUUUGUGAUUAAUCAUGAUCAGUUGUCAGGUUUGUCAAACAAUUAAAAUAAUUAAUCAUGAUUAAUUAUUUUACUCUGUGUAGUUAAAAACGUAUAAUUGCAUUUUGUCUUAUUUGGUCAAAUUUGACCCCAAAGAAAGAUUUUUUUCGCAUUUAAAUUGCAGAACAGUCGCCAGAAUGUAACUGCUGCACUAUUUAAGAUAGAAUGGCCAGUUUGAAUAAGAAGUUGGUGAACAGGAAGUUAACUUUAGCUUUGAACUAUGAUCGGUUGUAAGCAUCAAUAUAGGAAAACACAUUACCGGCUUUAAAAAUAGUGCUGUUAAUAAUUUAUGUUAUCACAUUAAUAAAGCAUUAGAUAUAACCCCAUCAAUAGAUGCUCAAACUGUUAACAAGCUCUUUGUUGAUUAUCAACAGUGUUAGGGUCAGGAUUAGGAUUAGUACAGAGGUCAGGGUUAGGUUUUGAGGUUAGGGUUAUGAAGCAUUAAGGGGAAUUUAACAGAUAUUCAGUUGAAUGUAAAUAAACUGCAGUGUGAGUAUCUACAGUGGGCUUUCUGAAUAAAGUGCUACUGAUGAUUCUGCUGUAGCCCUAACAUUGCUUUAUCACUGCAUCUUAAUAAUGGACAUCUUUAAUGUAACCUGUCUUUAGAGUUUGAUCCAGUCUACAAUAAAGGUGUGUGAUAUUCAUCUCCCUUUUAAAAGGCUGUUAUGUUGUAAUGCUUAUUUCUCCAUGAAGGACGAGUUCAUAACGAUCACCAGACUGAACUCUUUCACUGAUGAUGUGUUGUCUUUUGUAACUGUUUGUGCUUUGAAGGAAUAAUAAAGAAAUGGAUAUCAACUUAA